AUGAGUCAAAAUCACUUGAUGCCAGAACUUGCCCUGAAGCGGAUUAGUCGGUUGUGGUCAGUGUAUAACAUCUUUGAGACAAAACUGUUGGGAUCCUACCUAUCUUCUUUGAGUCCUAUACCUCUUGUGCAUUUCAAGUUUGAACAGCUAGCUAGCUCAACAUUGUUGACGAUUGAAGUAAAAUACAAAAAAGAUUAUAUUGAAGAUCCUAUACUCUCUCUAGAAAACAAUGUAGGAUCAAAUGAAAAGGAUGAAGAAUGUGAGGUACAAAAAAAGGACAAUUUGGAUAAUUUGAAUAGUGUUGAAAACAAUAAUUUGGAUGAUUUGAAGAAUGGUGUAAAAGGGGACACUGAGGGCAUUGACCAAGAAGAUUCAUGUGAGGGUGUUAAUUUAGAGGGGACCAUUCAGGGUGAGGAUGUUACUUUAGAGGGGACCACUGAAGGUGAGGAUGCAAUAAUGAAUAUUAUAUUGACGGGGAAUACUGAUUAUAUGGUAUGUGAACAAGAAUCUGUGGUAUUGAAUGGUACAUAUUGUCUAGCACGUGUGCAAGAAGAUGCAGUAGUUAAGGGAAUAAUUUGUAACCAAGAAGAAGAUAAGGGACUGGAAUGUAACCAAAAAGAUGGUGGUGGUAGCGAAGACAGUUCUUCGAAUGUGAACUUUGAAGAUUGA